AUGAGACUCUUCGCCUUCGGCUCCAACGGAUCAGGCCAACUAGGAAUCGGCCACGAAGAAGACGUCUCCACGCCAGUGCAAUGUCUCUUCGAACAGCCAGAGCCAUCCCAAGAAUCCCAAAUAACCACUAUUCAAAACACCCUGGCAGAUGAACCUGAAAUCCUCACCAUCGCAGCAGGCGGAAAUCACACCCUCCUCCUAACAACCAGCGGCUCCAUCUACGCCGCCGGCUGCAAUGAAGACCGACGGUGCGGGCCGCACAGGGCAACCCAAACCCAUGGGCACUCCGACAAAAAUGAAGGAAACAUUCUGCGCUUUCGUCAAAUGAUUCUAUCAGAUGCAGUCUCCGAUACAGAAGUAUCCAAGUUCAAACACGUCUCCGCGACGUGGGAGGGCACAAUUGCUGUAGCUUCUGUGCCAAGAAGCAGCGGCAAUAACGUCCAUCAUGGAGAUAAUCCCGACACUGAAGAUCGAGUCUUUGUGUUCGGCUCCUCGCCUAAAGGUGAAUUGGGUCUCGGACCAGAUAUCCCCGUUUCUGUCCCGGGGACAUGUAUCCCUUCCUUCCCGCCGGCGGAUUUGAGGAUCACAGCGCUGGCGAGCGGGAUGGCUCAUUCGGUUGCUGUGCUCUCGAAUGGAGAUGUCUAUGGUUGGGGCGGGGCGCGGAAGGGCCAACUCGGGGCUGAGAAUCGAGGGGCUAAGAUUGCUUAUUCUCCUGUUCGGAUUUGUGUGCCGUUUUUCGCGGAGGCUGUUGCUUGCGGGAGGGAGUUUACGGUUGUUUCGGGAAGGGGACGGUUUGUUGUUCUUGGGGAUAAGGGGAAUCGGUGGGGUGUGUUGAGUGUGCCGGAGAGUUUAUCUUUGGGUGUGGGUUCUGAUUAUGGAGAUGGAGUUCGUUUACAGGAUGAGCAAGGAUGUGGAGGUACUAUUCGUUAUCGCUAUACUGGUAUUGCGGCUAGUUGGCAUGGGGUUUAUGUACAUGCUGCGCCUGGGCUGGGGCGGGUGCAACCGGAUGCACAGACAGACUCUGAUUCUGAUCUUGUGGGUGGUUCCAUUGUCGCUUGGGGUCGCAAUGAUCGAGGCCAACUUCCACCACCGGAUCUUCCGCCUCCUGCUAAACUCGCUGUUGGUAGUGAGCAUGUCCUUGCUCUCCUGGGGGAUGGCCGAGUGGCGGCGUUUGGAUGGGGCGAGCAUGGGAACUGCGGGCCGGAUACAGAUUCCCAGGGGAAUGUAUCGGGUACAUAUAAUGUGAUUUCGCUCCCCGAAGCUGUGGGCGCGGGUGCGAAGGUUGUCGGGGUUGGAGCGGGGUGUGCGACUAGCUGGAUGAUUGUGAUAUGA